CCUCCUCCACCUUUCCCCUCCCCUCUGUCAUUAGCUGGUAUAUAAGAACGUUGCAUCCCUCUCUACCUCUCUCACACACACACGGUGUGUUUGCUGGGAAGGGGAUAGUCCAGGGGAAACUAGGGAUUACAUUGUUUGCCUGCCUGUCAAAGGAAUUGUAUUCCUAUCUGGGAUUUCUAUCUGGAAAGAUCUUGGAGGAACACCAGGGAGUGACCAAGUCUCAGCGUUUCUGACAGAAUCCUCACCAACUACUACAAGUUACAUCAUCCUCGUGCACCGGUGACAUCAUCAUUGCCUGCUGUCUCGUCAGCAACAUCGUCUGUCACUGACAUCAUCACCUGCCGCUGGCAUCAUUGACAUUGUCACAGAGACCAUGAGCAGCAACUACAGCGUCACUCUUCAAGGCCCCGCCCCCUGGGGUUUCAGGCUGCAAGGAGGGAAGGACUUCAACAUGCCACUCACCAUCUCCAGGCUGACAGACGGUGGGAAGGCAGCCAAAGGUGGUAUUGCGGUUGGAGACCUGGUUCUGUCUAUCGACGGCAUCGCCACAGAGGGCAUGAACCACCUGGAGGCCCAGAACAAGAUUAAGAGCUGCGCUGGCAACCUCAGCCUCACCCUGCAGAAGGCCGCCAGUGUUCCCAAGCCGCCUCCUGUGGCACCCAAGGAUGACAGAUCAGACAUCAUAAAGCCAGUUGCCCUCAGCCAUCCCCCUGCUCCACCCCAUCCUCAUCCUCAUUCCUCCGGCCCCCCAACUGUCCCAUACAACAAGGCCCCCAGACCUUUCGGGGGUUGCGGAGCGGAGAGCGACUACCCGCCUUCACGAUCCCCUUUUGCUGCCUCCAUCCCAUCCCCAUCAUCUGCAUUCACCCCUGCUUCCACCUCCCGCACCACCCCUCCACCUCCUCCUCCUCCUCCUGUCUCUUACCCAUCCUCCUCCUCCUCCUCUUCCUCCCCCCCUGGCCUCGUCCCUCCUCAGCCAUCAGUCUAUAACACGCCAAUCAACCUUUACUCCAAUGAGAACGCGUGUGAGGUGGCCAUGGGGCAGAGGCGGGGCCUGUUGGAGGCUCAGGGCGGAGCCUUGCCGCUGCAGUUCAACGGGGUUCCCAGGAAACACAUUGUGGACACAGACAUUCAUUUUUACCACGUGCCCACCCAUGCUGAUGCCAGCAGGAAGCGCAUAAUGGAGGACACAGAGGACUGGCGCCCACGCACUGGGACCACCCAGUCCAGAUCCUUCAGGAUCCUUGCUCAGAUCACAGGCACCGAGAAUCCUCUCGAAGAGGUGGCUGAAACUGCCAAGAAGACAAAUGAGGAGGGAGGGGAGCCUGAAGUCAACAGCCAUGAGUCUGCUGCUGUCAAAACCAUGAUCAAAGGACCUUCAACCACCCAGGGUCGAGGUCCGCAAACUGGGUUGAUCACUCCGUCUUUUGGCAUGAAGGGAAACAGCACUGCCAGUGUCCCGAAGGGUCCUGUCCCCAUCCGACCUGCACCCCAGCCCCACCCCAAAGAUGAAGACUCACUGGUCCAGAUGGCAGAGCACAUCCCUGCUGGGACUCGCACUCCCAUGUGUGCCCACUGCAACAUGGUCAUCAGAGGGCCGUUUUUGGUAGCGAUGGGAAAGUCAUGGCACAAGGAGGAAUUUAACUGUGCCCAUUGCCAUGCAUCCCUGGCAGACGUAGGCUUUGUGGAGGAGCAGGGAUCUGUCUACUGUGAACACUGCUAUGAAGAGUUCUUCGCUCCAUCCUGCAGCCGCUGCCAGGCCAAGAUCCUCGGGGAAGUGAUAAAUGCCCUCAAACAGACGUGGCAUGUCUACUGCUUCCUGUGUGCUUGCUGUCAGCAGCCAAUUAGAAACAACACCUUCCACCUGGAGGACGGGGAACCAUACUGUGAACAAGACUACUACAAUUUGUUUGGAACUGGUUGCCAUGGCUGCGAGUUCCCCAUAGAGGCUGGAGACAAGUUCCUGGAGGCCCUCGGAUACACCUGGCAUGAUACCUGCUUUGUCUGUGCUGUGUGCUGCACCACACUGGAGGGCCAGACCUUCUUCUCCAAGAAAGACAAACCUCUUUGCAAGAAACACGCUCACACACUGAAGAUAUGAACCUUUAAGAGUUUGACAAAAAAAGUGUAACUGAAUGGUUAAAUGUUUCAUGUUGCGGUGGAAAAAGGCCUCUUAACAGUACAUAGUCUAUAGAGAAGUAAAACUGAUACAAAGCCAUAUACUCCUACUUAGUCCAGGGUGGUGGAUCCUGUGGUCCAAUGGUUAGGGAAACACUGCUGGGGCUCCAAAAGUAAAUUUAGACUUGUCUAUUUUAAUUCAAUUUUUCCUUCAACUCUGUUAACUUUACUGUAUUUUUUAUGAUUAUGAAAAGCACUUUGAACUGCCUCUGUGUAUGAAAUGUGCUGUAAGCUGCCUUGCCUUGUGCAGGGACUUGGACAUACACUAUGUUAAAAAAACAUACAUACACUCUUGUCGAAUGAAGCCCACAAGAGGCAGGCUGUAGUUUGAGAAAGAUUUAUCUUUUAGAAACUUGUAGCCUGGAUUUACAGAGACAGCUCAGUCCAUUUUUUUUUUUUACUGAAUUUCUCUACAGCAUGUUAGUGAUGAGGUCCUGGAAUUUUCUAUUAUAAGCCAAUGUAGAAUGAGUAUUUGUUGACUUGUUAAAUCACCCAACCCAACAUUUUCUAUAGUUGUGUUAUAAUUAGACAGAAACAGGAUAAAUGUUAUGUUAUAAGUUGUUAUCCAAGCUGUAAAUGCAGUAUGAAGCUGGGAUUUUGGACGUUGAUUUCUUUCAGAUCUCUAGUGUUUAUUUUGCUCCAGAUGUAACCAAAUUUAUUCAGCAGCGUUUCAGUCAGAUUCAAGAGCAUAAUAAGACCGUUUGUAGCCAUUCAGCCAUCUAUGUCAAACUUAGUUAUAUUUUGUCAUUGUGCCAUGAAACUGUUCAGACAAUGUUAGCUGUAAUUUUAAGUGUUACUAAUGGUUUCAGAGUUAAAAUACUUUUUGGGAAACUGGGCCCUGGCCUAAAACCACAUUCUGGGAAGCAGGGUGGGCCUUUAAAUUUGUUCCAGCUUUUUUAGGACUUUUUAAUGAAAUGUAUGUAUUUUACUUUCUGUGUGUUGUAUAGCUACAUUAAUGUUAAAGAAUCACAUCUGUCUUUAGGGACUGAUGAGAGAGAGAGAGAGAGAGAGAGAGAGAGAGAGAGAGAUGAUUCAUUAGGGCAUGGUCUUUUGAUAUUAUGGAGACAAAAAUACCCCAAAAUAGAAAUAACCACAUAAACAUAAAUAUCAAUAAACCCAAAAGAAAAACCUGUAAAAAUUAAAAUGCAUAGUCAUCUGGAAAUAAAUAUUUAAUUUUUUUAAUUUUUAAAAAUAACUUACCAUUACUGAAUAAAUAAAUGGUGUCACAAUGCAUUAACAGGAAAAGAUAUCUUGGUUGUCAUUUUUUUCUCCAUGUAUGUAUCUACUCAUUCAUAUAUUUCUGUAUUUAUUUAUUUCUAUGUUUCUCCCUACUAUAAUGAGGGUUGUCAAAUAUUUGCAAACAGUGUUAAACACAGUAUUGUUUGAUCAUUGUCUUGGUGCACUGCACGAUUGGAUUUGUCUUACUGAGCUGACAACAAAACAACUUUGUAACAAACACUUUCAUGUUCUGGACCCCCAAGUUGGCUCUCAUUAGGCGCUGGACGCUGGACCCCCCUACUUUAGGUUUUGGACCCUUACAUGAAUCGACAUAUUGGUUUUAAUUAUAAAAUUGUCUACUUGUCCAACUUGUCACAUAUAUUCCGAAUGGUGAGAUUAAAACAAAUUAAAAUGAAAUUAAAAUUAAUAUUAAAAUAAUCACUCAUACUUAUUGGUGUGUUGUGGCAAUGUCUAGUGAAGUGACCCUUUGAAACCUGAGCAAAUGCACUUCAUUUAUUUCAAAAACAUGGAAAAAAGGUGAUUAACAAAUUAGCAAACAGUUACUGGAACAUUAUUUCAAAAAUCAGGAGGAAAAAACAGUUUAUAAGAAUAUUAGAAAUUACCAGAAAUUGCCAAAACAAUUACUAAUAAGAAGAAUGAU